AAAAUAUAAGUGUGAAAACAGAGAGGCGUUCCAGACAGAAUAUAAUUAGACCAUUAACAAAUUAUAACAGCAAAACUUUUCCUAACUUCAUACAGAUCGUCAAACGACAAAACAUUGGCGUAUAACAUCAAGCAUCUGUUCGGGAAAAAUGCGAGCUAUUUUAUUUGUUAAUGUGCGCGUUAAUGACUGCUGUUCAUGCCUGAGAAGGUCUGAAUUCGACACAACAGGAAAUUAUCCCUCAGGCAUGUGUGAGAGAAGUCAUGAAGUUUACAUGCUGAAAAUGGAUCAGGCAUUGCUAACAUUCCAUAAUGAACUUCCACACAACAUUAGUGUUUACUACACCUCAGAUUACUGUUAUAAGUGUCUUUAUCAGCCCCUUGCCACAGUUGGGAUUGGUCACAAUAUUUCUGUGGUGGUGAGCACACAGUUCACACUGACUCUAAGAAUCGUACCUGUAGAUGGAAAUGGCACUCUGUGCAGUCUGAGUCAGACAUUUGAGGAAGCUGGCCAUUAUUCUCUCUGGAUGAGGCAGCCUGGCUUGCUAAAUGAUGUAACCUGUUCUCUCACUGUGGAUAGGAGUCCAAAUAAUGCAUACCUGCCGCUGUUGGCGGCAUUCUUAAUUCUGGCUUUUGUGGCUGUAUUUUGGGCCUCUUCGCCUUAUAUACUCAGAUGCAGCUGUACACAGAGGCUAAAGAAUCGUAUCUGCUUAUUCUGCUGUCACAGGUCUCAAAACUCCAUGGAAAUGGAGGAGGCAAAUAAUGAACAUUGUGUGGACAAAAGCAAAACAAAGUCAUCAAGACUGAAGUCACUGGACACAUUUCGAGGAUUCUCCCUGACUGUCAUGGUGUUUGUGAACUAUGGAGGCGGUGGUUACUGGUUUUUCCAACAUGCACCAUGGAAUGGUCUCACAGUAGCUGAUCUUGUGAUGCCUUGGUUUGUGUUCAUCAUAGGUACUUCUGUAGUGCUAGCAUUCAACUCGAUGCAUAGAAAAGGUGUUCCAUGGCUACAACUUCUUCGCAAGGUUACUUGGAGAACCAUCGUCCUGAUGCUCAUCGGGUUCUGCUUCAUGAAUUACAGCCCAAGAGAUGGAUUUUUAUCCUGGUCCUGGCUACGGAUACCCGGAGUGCUCCAGCGUUUGGGUUUCACCUAUUUUGUCCUGGCAGUGAUGCAGACUUUCUCUCCCCACAGAGAGAUCCCCUUGAGGGAGCAUAACUGGUGGAACCCCAUUCAGGAUAUGGUUUUAUACUGGCCUGAGUGGCUCAUCAUUGUGUUGCUGGAGACCAUGUGGCUGUGUCUCACUUUCUUACUACCAGUUCCAAACUGCCCCACUGGAUAUUUAGGAGCUGGUGGUAUUGGAGAUGAUGGUUUAUACCCCAAUUGCACAGGAGGGGCAGCCGCGUAUAUAGACAGGUGGUUAUUUGGAGACAAUAUCUUCUGGUAUCCAACAUGCAAGGUCUUGUAUCAUACAACAGAGCCCUUCGACCCAGAGGGUGUUCUGGGUACAAUUAAUUCCAUAGUCAUGGGAUUCUUUGGCAUGCAGGCUGGAAAGAUUCUCCUGUUUUUUCGUAAAAUGAAUAAAGGUAUCCUGGCACGAUUCCUGAUUUGGGCCCUCAUCCUGGGAAUCUCUGCAGCCAUCCUUUCUAAGUGCACAAGAGACGAAGGAUUUAUACCUGUCAAUAAAAACCUUUGGUCCCUGUCAUUUGUGACAUGCAUGGGCUGCUUGUCCUUUUUGCUACUGGGUGUGAUGUAUUUUGUUGUGGAUGUUAAGGAAUGGUGGGGCGGCCAACCUUUCAUUUAUCCUGGGAUGAACUCCAUAUUUGUCUAUGUUGGCCAUUCUCUGCUGGGCUUUUACUUUCCGUUCAGCUGGGAGAUGCGUUUCCAGGACAGUCACUGGGAGCAGCUUUUCCAGAACAUGUGGGGUACCGCACUUUGGGUCUUCAUUGCCUACCUGCUGUACCGCAAAAAAUUCUUUCUUAAAAUCUGAUGCUGCUGGGAUUUUUGUCUCAUAAACGUCCAUUGAUUUCUCUUUAGUUUAAGUUAGAGGAUAAAAUAAAGUCUUAAUUAUUAAAUUAUUUAAUUAAAUUAUUAAAUAAGUACAACAUAAUGUUUACAUAUUUAGUACAUGGUACUAUUUGAUGUAUAUUAAACAGGACCAUCUUGGAUCCAUUUAUAUUUUUAUAUUCGAGUAGUGAUGAGUGUCUCUUUUCAUGUUUGUAAAGCUGAAUUUGGUGUAUUACUGUGUUCAUUUAGUUAAUAGGCAUAAGAACUAAGACCAAGGGAUCAGAUUUACUGUCUUCCAUGGACACCUGCAAUGUUUUAUUUGAUGUCAGUUGUGUUAAGACCUGAACGUAGUGAUUAAAUCAAAUUCACUGAAGUGGUACUUAACAAAUUAGAACAAGCGAUUCUGCCACUUGAGGGGUAGCCAUUAUAUAUCGGUUGCCAUGGCCACCCCCCCUCGCUGCUGUGAGACAGAGAGUGGGUACCAUCUGCUCUUCAACUGACAGCCCUUUAAUAGGGGUCAAGCUGGACGGCUCACUGAGGAGUGUUUCUGGGGCCAGCACUUUUCAUGCUCUCACUAAUGCAAAAUCAGGGAAAUUACACGACAGAUCUCAUGCACAUACGGAAAUUGUCAUGUAACGCAAAAAAAACUGAUGUUUUCUGUCAAGUCGUAUUCAUGAGGUCGAAUUAAGUCACAAGCACACAUUUUUUCAUGCUCUGCAGCAAUGGUUCCCCACUGGUUUUGCAUAAAGAUCCUGACCCGAAAUUUGUUUAUUAGACCCUGUGGUAGAAAUUUCCCAAAAAACAGGUUUAGAACAACAUGAGGGUGAUUAAGUGAUCAUAAAUAUUUAUUUUGGAGUGAACUGUCCCUUAAAGAUCAUAACCUGGUGUCCCAGACACCUAUUAACUUGAGCAGUGUCCCAUCCUCAGAAGACACUUGUUUUCUUAAUGAUUGGUUCAGUCCCCAUCUUUGCCAAGCAUACCCUUCUGUUACUAAGCAGAUACUUUUUUUCUUUUCUUUUUUUGUUAGUGCAGAUAUUUCCCAAAUUUAGAUUUGUAGAUCUUAAAAUCUAACAUUUAUUAUUAGAUUUUAUAAUUUAUUAGAACAUAUGAGCUUUGUUCAUGGUGUUUGAGUAUGAGGUCAUCUGUGUAAUUUGGUGAACUCCUAUCAAAUUAUAGAUAAAUUUGUACAUACAUAAUUUUUGAUUGGACGUACGACCUUUGAUGUCGACAGCAAAAGAUAUAGUGUCCUUUUUUAAAAACCGAACAGCUUUACUGAUUAAAUUAAAUGAGUUCAUUUCACUCAAAUACUACUGAAAGUUCAUUGUACUUAAUAGAAAAAAGUUAUGUGAACUCAAAAUCUGAUAUCAGUAAGUGGAACUUAAACUGAGUUGCAGCAGAUUUCUAGUUCCCAGCAUGCUUUUCGUCAGACUGUAAGGAGAAUAAAUGUGAAUUAAGUGUUAUUUUGUGUGUUUUUGCUCAAGAUUAAUAUAGGGGGAGAUGUGUCAUUGUUUAAUGCUCUGUUAUUUUGCUAUUUAAAGGUGUUUCUGUUAUGUUGAAGUUUUAGGGUUACCAUCUCGGUGAAGAGUAGUGCAUGAGGCUGCAAAACUUCAAGGCUAUAUAUACUGCAUGUUGAUUAACAAUUCAUGCAAGUAUAUAGUGAUAGGCUCUUUGAUAGUUACAUUAGCGCAUGCUAGCACUUAACCAUAAAGAUUAUGAGUUUGUUUAUUCAAUAUUCAAUUAAAUUGUAAUUAACAAGUUUGUAUUGUACAAAAUUAAAUUUCUAAGUUCUACUAACGUAAUCUUUGAGUUAGUUAACUUAAAAAAAAAAAUGAGUUGGUUUACUUAAAUGUUUUGAGGUAAUAGGUGUCCACAAAAGUUUUGAGUAUUCUGAACUUAUCGGGUUUUACAGUGUAUUUAGUUUGUUAUCUUAACUAUGCAUAACAAUUUGGUUAGUUGCGUUUUAUGAUUUUCUUUACUUUUAAACAGACUUGCGACGCUUUUCUGUUCAGAACCACUGAUCAACAAUAAUAAAUUCACUCAGAAAUUAGCCAUUGCUUGAGGUUAGAAGAGUAUCACCAAAUCCGGCUAUAAGUGGUCAGAAGAGAUGCUGUCAGGAUGCGAAGAUUUAAUCUCACAGAGUUCUCAGAAAUGGCUCUGUGCUGACCUCUCACUCAUAAACAACAUCUGCAGAAGCUGUUGUGUCUUUUUUAAUACAACAGUUGUGUUGAUCCUGUUGUAAGCAAAAAUAUAUAUUUAUAUAUGUAAUGUGCAUUUUGUAUAUAGUUUUUGUAUCAUCUUAAAUCUGCUGCACCAGAGCUCUGGAUUUGAAGGAUAUGUAUGGUCUACUGAAGCGGUUGAAACAUGUGAACCUGUUCACUCUGCAUGAAAUUCAAUUGAACCCCAUUUCUCUCUGUUAGUUAAUGAGAAAGCUUUUCAUUUUGAGUAUCACAUUACCCAUUUAAACUAAGUAGAGCUUAUGAGUGAAGCAAACUGGUCAACUGAUUUUGGGAAUGGACUAAUGACUAGUGUUGUGCUACUCCAUGUCCCAGUGGGAAUAUGGACUUCUUUUAAGAGCUAUAGCUUUAUGUACCACAGUAAGCACUUUUUGAAUCAAUAUUUUAUUAAUCAAGUACUUAUCAUCAUUAUUAUUUAAUGCAAGGCAUGUACUGUAGAUGCAAAGCUAUAUUAGCAAAAUACCACUGAGAAUAGCUCCACCAUGUUUGAUGUAAACAACGCUUUCCUAUUGUCUACUUGUGCAGUACUAAUGAGAAUCUGUUUGACAGAAUCUGACAGUAAAAAUUGUGAUCUUAUCUAUUAUAAGACCGCCUUUCAUCUGAAAAUGAUCUUGUCAAGUAACCACUUUUUUUUUUUUUU